GUCUCCGUCCACAUUUUUGUCAACAGCUUGCGUUUUUAUUGAAGCAUUAUUCCCAUGUUAGACCACCAACCUUUUUGUAUGUACUUUCACUUUAUAUAUUGUGUGCACUAAUCAACCUAAACAAGACCGCCCCAAACUAUCAAAAUCUCUCUAUAUUCGCCAUGGAUACAAUAAGACUUUGGUUAAGCUAUGCAGUGUUGCUCUUUCUUACUCAGAGACAUUCAGUUUGUGCGCAAGGUGGCGGUGUCAUUGGGGGCGCAGGGAUUUUGGUUCAGAGAGCAGCGUUCUGUUUCAACAAUAACCUCUUGUCUCCAUAUUUGCAGCUCUAUAGAGGGUGCAAUGAGGCGUUCAGACUAAACCAAGGAGGUGAAUUCAAGGUUCCACCAGAGGAAACAGACAGGUUCUGCAACGGCCCUUGUGCCGCAGAGACGGAACUCGUGCUUGAAUGCAUUAACAACGUCAUGUCUGAUUUUGUGUUCUACAAUCGUGCUACACCGAGAGAUAUCAGGAACACUCUUCGUGGUGGCUGCAGCAACUCUUUCACUAGAGGAAACUUCAAUGUGGGAAACUAUGCUCAAGGACUCUUUUUUGGCAAAGCCGAGAAGAAGCUGCCUGGUUUUUUCAUUGGACUAGUUCUCGGUUUGGCACCGUUGAUCCUGUAAAGCAUACUUUUGUUAUUCAUUAGACUAUACAAGAGCUUGUAUGUAUAUGAUCCUCCAUCUCAUUGGACUAUCAUUGUUUGUCUACAUAGGAAAAACAUGGAUUCAUUGUUACCUUUUUGAUUUUAGAGUCUGCGGCAAAGAUUUACACUUUUCUCAUUUGUUUUAUGGCUUGUUAAAUGUCUGAGCUGAGGUUAGCGUUGAAUGUCACUUUUGUGUUUUCAACUUCAUCGGGUUAACCAUGUGAGAGACCUGCACAAAUAUUUGCUCACUUUACACACCAAAGGCCAUAUACAUCACAUUUCAUCCUCUAACAAAACACACUCUUUUCAAGUUAUCUUCAAAAUUCAUAUUUCAAAUAAGAGGCUUGAAACUAAUAUGCCAUGAGGGCUUAUACGAGAAGAGAAGACAAAGUCGACAUGCAAAAAGGAUCGCAAUCAGCUGGUGGUUUUCAUCAGAAUCAGCCACUGACGUUGCAGAAUGUCUAGAAUAUCUCCAGAGCCAUACCAUAGCUCAACACCAGACGAACAUGCAAUUGAGAGCUUUGGUUCAAGAUUCGAACAUCCAAUUCAAGAAGGUUCGGGAUCAGCUCUCAUUUGAUGAAUAAGAUUUUGAAGAGUCGAGACGAGGAGACGGUGAACUCAAAUUCAAACAUUCUGAUAGGCGAAAAUAAAUUUAUACACUAAUGAUUAUGCAGAAACCUAAAUUCUACUAAAAUUUCAGCUGAAAAUAAAAAACUUUGAAAGUUUUCUAAACAUUAAAAUCAAACAUUUAAAAAAUUGUAAUCUUAAGUUUGUAUUAAUUAAAAAAAAAGUCUUGUUUAGAUAUCAUUUAAUUUGUGGAAGCACUGUAGCCUAUUGGUUAAGGUUAAAAGGCUUCUACACCUAGGUUUGAGGUUCGAACUCCAAACUAUGCAAUUUCUUGCAGAUUACAAGAAAUCCAGGUUUCAAGUCCCAGAAAGAGCAAUUUAUUAAUGCAGACUACAGAAGAAAAGUUUGCAAGGAAUCUUCAACAUAGUGCAAGUAGAUCUGGUCAGAGAUGGAUCUUCAUAGAACAGCUCAGAUGAUGCAGUUAGGCGUAGAUCUUCAUAAGGCAGGUAGUAUUGUCGGUUGUCGAAUCGUCUAUGUAAUCUUUCUCAUAAAAUGUAAUGUCUUAAUAAAUCAGCGUUAAAAAAAAGAUAUCACUUAAUUAUGAUGGCAAUCAGGUUUAUGUGGCGGCAUAAGAAUCAAUUGAAAAAUAUCAAGUCCAAAAUUUAAUUGCUGGUAAAACUUAUAUUAAUCCAAACAUAAAUGUAUACUAGAGCUUGACAUGCACGUCCGUGCGGAUGUUUGUUUUAACUUGUAAAAUCAUUAUAAACCAUUGGUAAUUACUGUUUGUAUAAACUGUGGCAAACGUUAUUAGAUUUUUGUUGGAUUAUUACUGUGUUGAGUGAAUUUUUUAACACAAAUAAAUGAUUAGUAAUACAUUCAUCUAUUAAUUAUUUUGUUUUAUUAGUUUCAUUAUUAAUUUUAUAUUGUACUAAUACCACAUAUUUAAAAUGUUGAAAUUAUUAAUUACAUAUAUAUAUAUAUAUAUAUUAUAUUAUAAAUGGAGUACAUAUUUUUGGACAACAAAAAUGUAAUAUUAAUUUUUUUUUAGAAUAAUAAAUAGCAAAAUUUUAAAAUCGUAAUCUAUGGAUUUAAGGAGAAUCACGUUUGGAUUUCAAAUUAAUUAUGCUUGAUUGUAGGGAAGAUAAUUAAGAAAGUUAAAUUUGGAGUGGAUCACGUUUGGGAAAAUUACAUGUUUACCACUUUCAUGGUACCACUUUCAUUUUUACCACCAUUGAGACAUUUUCAAAAAUACUUUCUUUACUUUAGAGAAUCUCCAACCCACCUCUAUUUCUACCUCUAUAAUAGCAUUUAGAGACAAAAUCACUCCAACCCAUCUCUAUUUUUGCCUCUAAAAUAGAGAUUGCUAUUUUCUCCUCUAUUUAUAGAGGAAGAAAUAGCAUUCAUCUAUAUUUUGCUCUAUAUGUAGAGAUCUCUAUUUUAGAGAAAUACAUUGGAGUAAAACCCACCUCUAUUAUAGAGUUCCUUUAUUUUAGAGGUAAAAAUAGAGAAAUACAUUGGAGAUGGUCUAAGUG